AUGUUGAGCGGUAAGUGGGUGAGCGGCCCCACGGCCAUCCCGAGGACGGGCCGGUGUCGUAAGGCGUGCCGGCGCCUGCCCAUUGACGGGGCAGCCUCUCUACAAGGCCGGGACCGCGCAGUCUGGGACCUGUCCCCGCGCCUGCGCAGACCGCGCGCGAAGCCGCGCCGGCGAAACACGAGUCCGCCACUCAAGGAAAGCCACUGUCUGACGGCACGCCGCGGCGCAGCGCAGCGCAGCGCAGCGCGUGGGAACGCCCGCCCGCCGCAGGACGUGUCGGUGACGUUCGGGGAAAUCCGUUGCCGCGGGCGCCUCACUCUGCGGUGCAGCUACAAUGAAAUGAUGCCAACCAACAGGCAGCCGACGAUGCAGGCCACGUACGGCAUACGUGAAGUAUUACGUCAAGCCAGUGGCGCCCCCACAAUAGCCUUAGGCGGAGGGAACUGCUGGUCGCUGCGAGUGCGCAACGGCCGCUGCACCGACCUGCUGAGUCAGAAAGUGUCCAAGGAGGAGUGCUGCACGUCGUCGAGUGUGGCGACCGCCUGGAGCGAGGAGGACCUGGACGCCGGCACGCUCUUCUUCUGGAGGGUCCUCGGAGGGGGCGUGCCCUGCACCGCCUGCAAGGAGUCGUGCGCGGGCGUGCAGUGCGGCGAGGGCCGGCGCUGCGUGCUGCGGCGGGGCGCGCCGCGCUGCGUGUGCGCCGCCGACUGCAAGGCGCACGCGCGCCUGCGGGGCCCGGUCUGCGGCACCGACGGCCGCUCCUACACCUCCGUGUGCCGCCUGCGCCGGCGCGCCUGCCGCCGCAAGGUGCCCGCGCUCGCCGUCGACUACCCCGGCAAGUGUCAGAGCUCGUGCGAGCGCGUACAGUGCGGCGCCGGCCGGCACUGCCUGCUCGACCAGAACCUGCGGCCGCACUGCGUGCGAUGCGCGCAGCGGUGCCCCAGCGCGGCCGCCGCCGCAGCCUCGGCGCAGCCCGCCAGCCGGCAGGUGUGCGGCGCCGACGGCGUCACCUACCCCAGCGCCUGCCACCUGCGCGAGGCCGCCUGCCUCAAGGGCCGCGCCAUCCCUGAGGCCUACAAGGGCCGCUGCAAGCGAAGCCACGGGCCGACGGUCGAAGCAGACGAGAAUCGAACGAGGCACAUCUCAGAGGGCGCUAGCUGCAGCAGCGUGCGCUGCGGGGACCGGCAGACGUGCCUCACGGAGCCGGACACUGGCGCCCCCCGCUGUGUGACGUGCAGCUACCGCUGCCCCCGAGCGCGCUCCCGCCCCCGCCCCCGAGGUUCCGGCCGGGCAGGCGCGGGGGCA